UGACACCGCUGUCACCUCAGGGCCUUGUUUAUGGAGCCGACGUUGCUGAUGUUGGAUGAACCCACCAACCACCUUGACCUCAACGCCGUCAUCUGGCUCAACAAUUACUUGCAGACCUGGAAGAAGACGCUGCUGGUGGUGUCCCACGACCAAGGUUUCCUCGAUGACGUCUGCACUGACAUCAUCCACCUCGACGCCCAGCGCCUCUUCUACUACCGGGGCAACUACAUGACAUUCAAGAAGAUGUACCAGCAGAAGCAAAAGGAGCUGCUCAAGCAGUUCGAGAAGCAGGAGAAGAAGCUUCGCGACCUCAAAGCCGGCGGCAAAUCCACCAAGCAGGCGGGACCCCCAUCCCUCAUGUGA